UGGAAUUUUUUUUUACCCUGGAUAUAAAUUGGGCUACAUUCUAACAUGCAGUGAAAAACCCGAAUUGUGUGUGAACUGCUCCCCGAUAACUCGCAGGGACUUUGGGGUAAUCUGGCCGAUAUGUAAACUCACCCCCUCCAUUCCGGAGGAGAUGAGAGUUAAAGGGCUUUAAAAGCCCUGUGUGAAAAACUUCCAGCUGAUAACUCCCAUUAUCCCCAGCUGCAACUUCACUCACACACACACACACACACACACACACACUUUUCCAUAUCAAGCGGCUGUUCUAGCUCAUUCAGGCUUCACUGCCAUUGAUUUUACAUCAGCAUUCCACAAGAGAGUGUGUCAUCACAUUUCCAGUAAGGGAAACACCCAUUCACGGAGGAAGAAUCAGAGCUAUAACUGUUGCACUGUUUCACUGUGAGGCAGCCAUGGCAGCUGUGGAUCCAGUCAAGGAUCUCUGUACUGAAGCUACUUGUCCCAUCUGUCUGGACUAUUUCAAAGACCCAGUGACCAUUACAGAGUGUGGGCACAAUUUCUGUCAAGCAUGCCUGACCCGGUGUUGGGAAGACUUGGACAGAGAGGCUUCCUGCCCUCACUGUAGAAAAAGAGUUCAGAAAACAAGCUUCAUCCCAAACUGGCAGCUGAAAAGUGUUGUAGAAAUAGCCAAGGAAUUUCAGAGGGGAGAAAGAAAGGGGAAAGUCUGUGAGGAACACCAGGAGCGCCUGAAACUCUUCUGCAAAAACCAUGGCACUCUCAUUUGUGUGGUGUGUGACAGAUCCAAGGAACACGAAAAUCACAAGGUGAUUCCUCUGGAGGAGGCUUGUCAACAGUACAAGGCUCAGAUCUGCUGCUGCCUUGAUAUGUUGAGAAAGGAGAGAAAAACCAUACUUUCCUAUCAAGCAGAUGCCACAAAAGAAAGCCAAGACCUCCUUAAUCAGACAAAAGCAGAGAGGCAAAAGACAGUGGCUGAGUUCAGACAACUACGCCAGUUUCUGGAAGAACAGGAGAAACUUCUGCUGGCCCAGAUGGAAGAGGUGGAGAAGGAGAUUGCAGCAAGAAGGGAGGAGCAGAUGGUCAGACUCUCUGAGGAACUCUCCACUCUUGACAAUAUGAUCCAGGACAUGGAGAAGAAAAGUCAACAGCCAGCAAGUGAACUGCUACAGGAUAUCAAAAGAACACUGGGGAGGUAUCACACAAAGAACAAGUAUACAAAUCCUGUGAUGUUUUCUCCUGCUCUGAAGUGGAAGUUCUGGGAAUUGUGUGAUAUAAAUCCUUUCCUGGAGGCUGUCAGGAAGCAAUUAAAAGACACUCUUUUAUUGGGACUUCAGCUGAAGAAAGCAAAUGUGACUCUGGAUCCAGACACAGCAAAUCCCUGGCUCCUCGUGUCUGAAGAUCGUAAAAGUGUGACAUGCGGACGUGAAGCUCAAGACCGGCCUCCAAAUCGUGAGAGAUUUGACAACUAUACUUUUGUGUUGGGCUGUGAGGGAUUCACCACAGGCAGGCAUUGCUGGGACGUCACUGUGGCAAGUGAGGGGGACUGGGCUGUGGGGGUUGCCAGAAAGUCUGUGAGAAGAAAGGGCAAAUCCACAUUUGACCCGAAGGAUGGGAUCUGGGGGAUCUGGAAAAGCACUUGGUCCCUGAGUGAGGAUCUGAAGAGGAUUCGAGUUUCACUGAACUGUCCUGGGCGGCGACUGACCUUUUUCGAUGCCGACACGGCAGCCCUGAUCCACAGAUACUCAGAAGCCUCGUUUUCUGGAGAAACCCUCUUACCCUUCUUUUAUGUGGACAAAGACGCCCAUCUGAGACUCUCUCAGACAGAGAGAUUAUAUUUUGAAAGUACUGAUUGGCUAAACUUUGUGUCAAGCAUGAAAGAAUUUCCUCCUUUUCACUGAACCAAGCUGAGCAGAGUGCUGAUUGGAAAGCCCUAAUGUCAAUUACUGAACAACUGCCCUCUUUUAUGAGAGUCAAACUGUGCGCAAUGCUGAUUGGAUGGCCCUUGUGUCAAUCAUGGAACAACUUCCCUAGGUCCUAAAGCCACCUUUCCACCACUUCCAGGUGUCUAUCCUGCCAGUCUUUCCCUGGGUGCGCCACUGGCACGCCUCUACUCCAGGACUGGAAUAAAAGUAACUAAAACACCAUUCAAAAGCUGGCCUGGAUCAAUGAAUGGAUUGACCAAAAACACCACGCAAAGCCCAUUCAUUGUUGCUAAUGUGGCAUUCCAGAUAAAAUCUCUACAUUCAAACAGAACAAUUUGAUUAUUUUUAAAAAUCCAUCAUCAAAUAAGCCUCCAGUUCCAAAGAGUGAAGAAGACUAUGGUUUUAGAAGGGAAGAGGCUAGGGAUGUGUGAACAGGCUCAAAUCUAGUUUGGGGGUUUGUCGAGCCUUUCUGUAAAAAAUAAAUUUUUGUUGGUCUUUUAAAAAAACGUAACCAACUUACUUUGGUUGAAGAGUGGUAUAUAAAUAUUCAAAGCAGCAGCGAUGCCCCUGAUGAAUUUCUGCCUGAUCCAUCUCUGAUCAAGGCAGAGUAUGGGUGCAUGGAGCCUCAUUUCUAAAGCAACCAUCAUAUAAGCAAUAGAAUGUUCUGGGCUUAUAAUGGCGGAAUGUUGAAAACACUUCUUAACUUAACUAUACUGGCAUGACUGUGCCUGUAUAAGACAAUAUUUUUAAAGGUAGCGGAAUUUAAGGCUAACCUACAGAAGCUUUGGUUAUUCUGUUUAUUUCAGGAUACUGUUGAAGAAUUGCUCGCUUUUAUACACAAGUGUAAAACACAGCACCCUUUUAAAUAAAAGUGCCCAGUCAUUGGCUGCUAUAACUAGAAAGUGUCUCUUCUCUCCAGUGUUCCUUUCUGCUUUUGUCUCCCCCUCCUCUUUGUCAUAUAAUUGCCCAACCUCCUCCCCUGCCUGCCACACAGAGAGAUCUUUACUAGAAGGAAGGGCUGCUAAUUGUUUACUAGGCAGAUCAGUGUCCUCCACGGGGCAGAAGGUAAAAGUUCAUGGUUUUUUAAUUAUAUUAUUGUUAGGCAGUGAUAAAUAUUUAUAACUAGGAGGUACGGCCCAUCAUUGACUGGGCAAAGUCAUUUUGCAUAGAUUACAUUUACAGAAAAGUUCAAGAAGUGAAAUACAGCAUAGCAUUUUUAAUUAAUGUGCUUGCAAAAGGGAAAUAAAAGAAAAAAUUUAAAUUUGUAGGAUUUCAACUUCAAACAUUAUUAAUUUUACUUAAUAAUUACCAUACAUAGUAAAUCUGAAUCUGACUGAGAAAUAUCUUCUGCUUCUCUUGGGCAUGAUGUCAUUUUUGUAUUAUUGAUCUGAUUACUGAGCAUUAAAAAUUUGUUGAGAACAAUAACUGUUAAAAUAUGAUCAUUAUAUUCAGCAUUUCUACUUAAACACACACACAAUCAAACCUUUCACCCAGCAUAACCUGGUGUAAAGCAGUGCAUUCAACUAAUUUAAGUGGCAGGACUGUAUAUGUAAAAUUGGGUAUUUAUUUUCUUUGUUUAUUGUUAAAUUUGUAUACCGCCUUUCAUUAAAACAACCCCCAAGGUGGUUCACACAGAAAAAUUUAAAAAGACUAUAAAACUUACACAAUCAAAAUAUUAAGCCAAAAUAUAAAAACAUAGAUCUGACUAAAAAGAUUUAAAAUACAAGCAUAAGAUAACCAUACAAAAUACAAAGAAGCAGCAGUAGAGACAAUCAUAUAAAAGCCUGGGUAAAAAGCCAAGAUUUCACAUGCUUUCUAAAAACUGUGAUGGAGACCAAGGAGCAAAUAGCAGCAUUUCCCAGACUCUGGAGAGCAUUCCAGAGUCUGGGGGCAGCAACAGAGAAGGCCCUGUCCCGUGUACACAACAGCCAAGGCUCCCUCAUUGUUGGCACCCAGAGCAGAGCCCCCUCAGGUUACCUCGUCAAGCAGGUAGCAACCCUUGGGAGCAGGUGGUCCCUCAGGUAUCCAGGGCCCAAACCGUUAAGGGCUUUAAAGGUCAAAACCAGCACCUUGAAUUGAGCCUGGAAACAAACUAGAAGCCAGUGCAGCUCUUUCAAAAUGGGUGUGACGUGAUCCCAGUAGGCAGCUCCAGAUAAAAUCCUAGCUGCAGCAUUUUGCACUAGCUUCAGUUUCUGAAUAUUCUUCAAGGGCAGCCCCACACAGAGCACAUUACAGUAAUCCAGCCAUGACGUGACUAAGGCAUGGGUAACAGUGGCCUGAUCUGCCUUUUUGAGAAAGGGAUGCAGCUGUCGCACUAGCAAAGGCACCCCUGGCCACUGCCUCCACCUGAACUUCCAAAAGCAGAGCAGGAUCCAGCAAUACUCCCAAGCUGCUCUUUCAAGGGGAGUGCAACCCCAUCCAGAAGUCAUAGAACCUCCUCAUCCCGAUUGGCUCUCCCACUGACCAACUUUACCUCCAUCUUGUCCGGAUUCAGUCUCAGUUUAUUAGCCCACAUCCAACCCAUCACGGCAUCCAGCCACCAAUUCAGGACAUCCACUGCCUCCCUAGGAUCAGGUGACAAGGAGAGAUAGAGCCGAGUUCCAUCUGCAUAUUGCUGACAACUCAGUCCAAGUCCCCGGAUGACCUCUCCCAGCGGUUUCAUGUAGAUGUUAAACAGCAUGGGGGACAAAACUAAACCCUGCGGGACCCCAGAAGCCAAUAGCCAUGGAGCUGAGCAACAGUCCCCAAGCACCACCUUCUGCACCCUCACCCCAAGAAAGAACCGGAGCCACUCCAAAGAAGUACCUCCAAUUCCCAUACUCGAGAGGCAGUCAAGAAGGAUAUCAUGAUUGAUUAUAUCUAUAUAGCUCUCAGACCAUUGCAGAGAUCAGUUAAUUAUGAUGACGAAAUGUUUAAUCCAGCCUACAAAUACGUGUAUAAAAGUUUGGUUCAGGCUUCUAAACAGAAUGUAAGGCCAGCAGGCCAGAAUGAAAUUGUUUGAGUUUAAGAAGGUGAUGCCCUUCGGCCAAGUGGUAGCAAAUACCAGAGCCUGACAAAAGAUACUGUAUGUAGCCAAGGUCUUGAGACAAAUUCUCCUCUCAGCAGAAACAUAGCUGGGACCAGAAGAUACCAAUAAGGGGUAGGGAGGGCAGAUAGGCCAAACAGUAGCUCAUGUCCAAGGCUAAUUGGCACAUCAUGAAAUCAUCUGUUUAAUUACAAAGACAUGUAUUGUAGGAUUUACUGAUUUGCUUGCAUUUUUAAUCUAUAUAAGCUAGCCACAGCGUAUCUUCAGGGCCCAGUGCUUGUCAGACUUUUCUUGACCUGUACUGUGCCUUCAUGAUCAUGAAUAAAAGCUUUUUUGAGCACACG